AUGAGCGUUCCUGGAGCAGUUGAUGAAGAAUUUGAACUUUUUUUUGACCAAGAUGUACCAAUAGAAAACAGACUAGAUCAAUCUCCUGAAGAGGCUGAAGAGGAUGAACCAGGAGAUGAAUAUACAAACUUCUCAAUCGUUGUCAAUCUCAAGCAAACAGAAGACGAAGCUGAAGCUAUCAAGAUACAAUUAUAUUCAAAAGAUGUAUUGAGCUUCUUAUAUGAAGGAGAAAUGUCGAAGGAAGAUUUCGAAAGUUUUAAAGCUGAGCAAGAGCUCGAUAUCGAUUUCAAUGAUUUCCCUAAUGUUUUACAAGAGGUCCUUGGUCAGAUUAACGAAGAUAUUGAAGAAAAUGGAUACAACGCUCGCUUAAUUCCUGAUGGAGAAGAUGCUUGCCACUUGAUUAUUAAGCAAGAUCUCGAUUUAUGCACUACAGAAAUCUUCAACAUCAAACUUGUUGGUGCUGACCAAGAACGCAUCAGAAAAGUUAGCCAAGCACGCUACAACGAGUUGAGCAAGCGUGACAACGCAUUAAGAACACAAUACAAGGACCUCAUUAAGAGAAUCAGACGCCAAGAUCCAAAGAUCUUACAAGACUUCAAGCUUAACUCUGAAAUUGCUCAAAACUAA